AUCCCUUUUCCAUUUUACACGUAGCCUAAGAUAGUCACCUAAUUAGCUAAACCCAUCCCCUGAAACAAGCCCAGUCGUCAACUACAAGUUCAAUCUUCCAUCCAUUCCAUAUACAUAAUAUGACCUUUUAUACCAUAUUCAUAUUACUACGUUCUUACAACGAAAGCAAGACAAAGCGGAGACUUGAGACGGAGAAGAAAAGAAUCAAGAGGGGGGAAGAAAAAAGAAAUGAAGAGAGAGACGUUGACAUUGGUUUUGGUGAAUCUAGCUGGGAUUAUGGAGAGAGCAGACGAAUCUUUGCUUCCAGGAGUGUAUAAAGAAGUAGGUGCUGCUUUGCACACAGAUCCUACUGGACUUGGUUCUUUAACUUUGUUUAGGUCUAUAGUACAGUCCUCUUGUUAUCCUAUAGCUGCUUAUUUGGCUGUUAGGCAUAACCGAGCCCAUGUUAUAGCUCUUGGUGCUCUUCUCUGGUCUGCUGCUACUUUCCUCGUUGCCUUCUCCUCCACUUUCUUUCAGGUAGCUGUAUCCAGAGCUUUGAAUGGCAUUGGACUUGCAAUAGUUGCACCUGCAAUCCAAUCCCUUGUUGCUGAUUCAACUGAUGAUAGCAACCGCGGCACAGCUUUUGGAUGGCUACAACUAACAGCCAAUCUUGGUUCAAUUAUUGGGGGACUUUGUUCAGUAUUGAUAGCUCCAAUUACAUUUAUGGGAAUCCCUGGAUGGAGGCUUUCAUUUCAUCUUGUUGGAAUUAUUAGUGUCACAGUAGGCUUACUAGUCUACCUAUUUGCCAAUGAUCCACACUUUUCAGAUGAUAGUAUGAAAGCUAGAAAUCAAGAUUCAAGUAAGUCUUUUUUGUCAGAAGUGAAGGAUCUGGUUCAAGAAGCCAAAUCCGUCAUAAAAAUUCCAUCCUUUCAAAUAAUUGUUGCUCAGGGCAUUACUGGUUCAUUCCCUUGGUCAGCUAUGACAUUUUCAGCAAUGUGGUUAGAGCUUGUUGGUUUCUCCCAUCAGAAAACUGCGUUUCUCGUAUCAUUGUUUGUCAUUGCUGGUUCAUUGGGUGGCUUGUUUGGUGGAAAAAUGGGGGAUAUACUUUCGACGCGUCUCCCAAAUUCUGGCAGAAUAAUUCUGGCACAAAUAAGCUCUGCGUCAGCUAUUCCUUUAGCAGCAUUGCUUCUGCUGGGUUUACCUGAUGAUCCAUCAACAGCAUUUAUGCACGGACUUGUCUUGGUUAUCAUGGGGUUAUGCAUCACUUGGAAUGCUCCAGCUACAAACAAUCCAAUUUUUGCAGAAAUUGUUCCGGAGAAAUCCCGGACAAGUGUGUAUGCAUUGGAUCGGUCUUUCGAGUCCAUACUGUCAUCAUUCGCUCCCCCAUUAGUAGGAAUACUUGCUCAGCAUGUAUAUGGUUAUAAACCCCUUCCUAAUGGAUCCACUGAAUCUGAAGAGAUAGCUACAGAUAGAAAAAAUGCUGCUUCAUUAGCCAAAGCUUUGUAUACAGCAAUAGGAGUUCCAAUGGCCUUGUGUUGUUUCAUCUACUCAUUCCUAUAUGGUACUUAUCCAAGAGACAGAGAGCGAGCACAGAUGCAAGCAUUGAUAGAGUCAGAAAUGCAACAGUUGAUGCUAGAUGAUGAAUCAACGACAAGUAUAGAAUACAGUCAAGUUCAGUUACUAGAAGCUGGAGAACUAUAUGUUAAGAACAGAAGUGUUAUUGAAAUGGAGUAUGAAGGGGAGAAUGUUGUUGAUCUCGACGAUGAUGAUGAGAAGAUGAUGCUUUAUCGGCAGUUGACAUUUUCUAACUUAGGUAAAUAGCAGAAUUUUGAGUUUGAUAAUGAUGGUGAUCGUAAGAAAUUAAUUAAUAUCCUUCGUCCCUUUUGGAGAAUGUUGAAAGAAGCUGAAGUGAGUUUUAACUACAAUGGCUCUUCAUUUUGAGUUUUUAGUCGUGAGAUAAACUUCAAGUUUCUUGGUCGGUCAUUGCUGGGAAGUUCUUUUGAGGAUUAGGUAGGAGUGUGAAGAAUGAGAAAGAUUGAAAGGUUUAAGCUUGCUGUGUUGGAUUUAUAGGUUUUCUUUUUUUCUUUACAAAUUUGCAUUUUUAUAUUUUUUUUUUUUUUUCAUUAACACGUUUCAUCAGCCCCUUAACAAGAAAGUAUACCUAUAAACAUGAUUAUUUCAAGCCAA